CCCAGCGAGAGAUCUGCGGCUAGCUGGCUGCACUUGCUCCACGGGUCAGGGGAUCGGAGGGGGCAGGUUUGAAGAAUGCACUGUUAAAAAGAAAGUGUAAGGAGUAAACAACAAGAAGAGGAAGAGGAGGAUUUCAAAGCUGGGAAGGAUGAGUUCUUGCAGCAACAUCUGUGGAUCCAAGCAGGCACAGCCUGCUACAGAGGGUGGGUACCAGCGCUAUGGAGUCCGGUCCUACCUGCACCAGUUUUAUGAAGACUGUACCACCUCAAUCUGGGAGUAUGAGGAUGAUUUCCAGAUCCAGAGAUCACCUAACAGGUGGAGCUCAGUGUUCUGGAAGGUCGGACUCAUCUCUGGCACAGUCUUCGUGAUUGUCGGAUUGACUGUUCUGGCGGUGGGCUUUCUUGUGCCCCCCAAAAUCGAAGCCUUUGGCGAAGCCGAUUUUGUGGUGGUGGACACCCAUGCUGUCCAGUUUAACGGAGCCCUUGACACGUGCAAGCUGGCAGGAGCCGUUCUCUUCUGCAUUGGGGGCACGUCCAUGGCAGGGUGCCUGCUGAUGUCAGUGUUCGCCAAAAGCUACUCCAAAGAAGAACAAUUCCUCCAGCAAAAGUUUAAAGAGCGAAUUGCAGACAUCAAGGCCCACACCCAGCCUAUUACAAAAGCUCCAGGCCCAGGGGAAACAAAGAUUCCAGUCACUUUGUCCAGGGUUCAAAAUGUCCAGCCUAUCGCGGCAACCUGAAAGAUUUCCAGCCCCAGUACUCUCCUCUCUGAUUUACACACAGUGUUAAAAUGGAGCAGGCCAGUUUUUGAGAUGGCAGGAAUUUGGCGUUGACUUGCCCCAGGGCUGUGCUCGGCUGUGGGCAGUACAGUGCGUGGGCUCACCCUCGCUCAGUUCAGGUGGGUCUGGAGAAGGUUGAUGCCAUGUGUCAGCCUGUGCACGUGCACCCAGCUGCUUAAAGGGGUGCUUCUGUGUGCCCUCCUGGAGCCCUCGGGAACUCCCCUCUCAUUUAUUGUGACUGUGUGUCAUUUUCUGUGUUAUUGGAAAGUGCUGAACAGUUUAGACCAGCCUACCAAUGGCCAACAUGGUCCAUUUCAUUUUCUAAUAUUGGUUUUUCUAAUCUUUCCUGUGUGGUGCUGCCUUCCAUCCCUGUCCCACUGUGUGUAAGAUAUUGUCAUGUGUGUUCAUAGAAAAAUCGAGUUCCCUGAUUUUGACCCAAACAUUAGUCUUUUAACUAUAUCUUAACACGAAGUUCCUGAGAUUGGAUAUAAAUGUAUCGGAGUUCGCCACUAAUCUUUUUUGUUGUUUCCCAUUUUUUUUACUUAAAAGGCUAAAAUUGCCAACUUUAGAAUCUUGGGAAAGAAAUUAAUAUUAGGAGUAUCUAUUCAUGCAGUGUCCAAAAGCACUGAAUUCGAAGCCAGGAAAUUUGAGUUCCUGCUACCGACUAGCUGUGUGAUCUUGGGGAAAUCAUUUAACCUCCCAGGUCUCAGUUUCUCCAUCUGUAUAGUGGGGGU